GCGAGCUUUCGUGGAACCCGCGCGUGUCCGCCCUCAUGCCGGCUUCCGCGGGCGCAGGAGGGAAAUGUAACGUCAGCUGCCUUCUGCGACACCUCCCCGUGCGGUCCGAAUGUCUGCGGGAAACCUAGAAAAAAAGUGAGAAGAUGGCCGCCAAAGGGGCAACGAGCGACGCCGUCAGCAUUCUGUCGUGGGAGCAAGUGAGUCGCCUGGACGAGGUCCUCAGUGAGGUGGUGCCCGUCCACGGCCGCGGCAAUUUCCCCACGCUGGAGGUGCGUCUGAAGGACAUCCUGGCUCGGGUGCGCUCCAGCUUGGCGCUGAGCGGCGUCCGCGUGAAGGACGUGCGCCUGAACGGCUCGACGGCCAGCCACGUGCUGGUGCAGGACCUGGGCUGGAGCUACAAGGACCUGGACGUCAUCUUCAGGGUGGACCUGCCGCACGAGUCGGAGUUCCGGCUCGUCCGCGACGUGGUGCUGGGCACCCUGCUGGACUUCCUUCCCGACGGCGUCAACAAGGAAAAGAUCACGGCCGUGACUCUGAAGGAGGCCUACGUGCAGAAGCUCGUCAAGGUCAACACGGAGCAGGACCGCUGGAGCCUCAUCUCGCUGUCCAACAACAACGGCCGCAACGUGGAGCUCAAGUUCGUCGACUCCAUCCGCCGCCAGUUCGAGUUCAGUGUCGAUUCCUUCCAGAUCGUCCUGGACUCCGUUUUGGCCUUCUACGAGGCGGACGACGCCUCGCCCAUGUCGUCCGAGCGCCACCCGCCGGUGAGCGGCGAGAGCGUGUUCGGCGACUUCGAUGCGGCGCUGGGCCACCUGCGCGACAAGCUCAUCGCCACCAAGAGGCCCGAGGAGAUCCGCGGCGGCGGCCUGCUCAAGUACUGCAACCUUUUGGUGCGUGACUUCCGGCCCGCCAGCGAGGAGGAGUUCAAGGGCCUGGAGCGGUACAUGUGCUCGCGCUUCUUCAUCGACUUCCCCGACAUCGGCGAGCAGCAGCGCAAGGUGGAAGCGUACCUCCAGAGCCACUUUGUGGGCGAGGAGGCCAGCAAGUACGAUUACCUUAUGAUCCUGCGCCGCGUGGUCAACGAAAGCACAGUGUGCCUCAUGGGCCACGAGCGACGCCAGACUCUGCACCUCAUCUCGCUCAUGGCCUUUCGCGUGCUCGCCGAGCAGAACGCCAUACCCGACGCGUCCUGCGUCACCUGCUACUACCAGCCGGCGCCGUACGUGCGUGACCGCAACUUCAGCAACUACUAUGUGGCCAAUCAGAACAUUCCCACGUGGCUGCCGUGCAACUGACAGGAUGGGCGGAGGGGGAGGGGGACGCACGCGACAGGCCGCUGGCCCCUGAUUGUGAGUGGGGGGGGGGGAAUGAAACGACAGAAGGUCACAGCAUUUUCGAAAUCAAGCGUUUCAAUUUUUGGGAACCCGUUCCCGUUCUCUUCCGACGCGUCAGUGUGAUAUUUUUAAGUGUUAUUCCCACUUUUCUUUCUUGCUGGAUGACUACCCGCCCCCCCCCCCCCCCCCCCCCCCCCCCCUUAAAAGCUUCAAGUUAAUAGGCAAUUAAGUGAUUCUGAUGAUGAAGCCUUGAUUUUGGAUUUUUGUUUGUUUGUUUUUUUUCUUCUUUCCUCGGAUUAUGAAAAAAAUGGUAAAGGUGGGGGAAAAAAAAAAAAAAAUGUAAUCAGAUGUUGGUCCAAAAGCGAGAGAGAAGGUGGGGGGGGGGGGCGCGAUUUAAAAAGUUUGGGUUGGUUGGUUCUGUUAUGUUCCGAGGAGUAAAUUUUCUUUUAAUAGUUUUUGACUUGAAAUCUCUUGCUGUACUAAGUAUUAAAAAAAAAAAAAAAAAAAAAAACGGCCAAAGUGCCUGUAAUGUGUGUAAAAAGAUAAAACAAAAAAAAAAAGUAUAAUACUCGUCGUGCGUUACGGCAGAAGGGCUCGAAGUGGUCAUCUGACCUCAUCAGUGUCGUGGCGUUCCAAGUGCCUCUGAACCCGUGAAAGACCGGCCCGGCUACACCUUCGAGGGGCGUGGUCCAAACAGCUGAUCAUGCCAACUCCCCCUCCCAUUUAUGAUUUUUUUGGGGGGGGGGGGGGCGGAUGAUGAUGAUGAUGAUGAUGAUCAUCAGGCACUGUGGUUGAUAGUUGCCGGUGUUUUGGUGUUCCGAGCUGGCCUUUGACGAGUCUCUCUCGACAUUUCUACGCUCUUGUCUUCCUUCAAAGUAGGAGCAUGCGGCAAAGCCCCUCCAGUCUCCCUGCAACCAGAUCUUGCUUCUAUACUUACCCUCACUCUGUCUUCCCUGGGGGGUGCCCCUGCCCCCACCCCCACUGACCGACCAACCGCACUGUGAACCCCAUGUGUGGUCAUUGGGGGAAAGAUACCAGGUGUGCUUGAUGACGACGUGCUAUUAUUAGCAUUGUAAAGCGGUGUUGGCACCUGCCGUUCGACUUAUUUGGCGCAAGGGGAAGCUAAAUACGCACCCCCCCGCGCCCGAAGGGCCCACGGCUCCAAUGUGCAACUGUCCCCCACGCGGGCCCCAGCCUUUUCUUGAAAUUGUUUGCCUUUUUCCACAAGCUGCCACCUCUGCCCGUGUUUGCACAAGAUAACCAGCAAGCAGCUCUUAUCUGGAGUGGAGGGCGCGGGUGGCCCGCCCCGUCUCCGGCUCCCUUGCGCGCCUCUUGUCGUGCUUUUUUUUUAAUUUAUUUUUUUUUUUUUUUUUUAUAUUAGGAAACCAACAAUUGGCUGCCCAUUCUAACCCUCUCUGGACCAAAAAAAAUGUCGACUUUUAAAGUGCAGUUGAAUAAAUUGAAUCAUGAUGCUCGGGAGAGGCAGGUUGUCAUUUGGGUUCGGACCCUUUCAUCAAAGCUUUACCGCUGCGGUCCCCGGUUGGGGGGGGGAAACAUUCUGGUUGGCGCUUUUUUUUUUUUUCUCUCCAUUAGUUUUGUUUUCCUUCCCAUUCUUUCCCCCCUCCUGUCCUGAAAGAUUCCCCCCAACCCUUCGCAUCCCCCGAGGGGUCUUUGUCACAUUUAGCCUCUGAGGAAUGUAAAUAAACUAACAAGCAGUUGCUCAGGGAUUGAAGUUCCCCGCCUGCCUUUUUUUUUUUUUUUUUUUUUUUUCUCUUCUUCCCCCCCCAUUGAGCGUGAAUUUAGAGCGCCCUCUAGCUAACGCGAGGGACUUCUGCUCUUGGCGCAUUUUCUUUGCAGAUCACGCUCGAAGUUUGCGCAAUGCUCAGGUAGCCAUCUUGGGAAUAGCCACGUGGUGCUGAAAACACUUAUUUAUUGGCAAUCUCUGAACGAUGACUGCUUGUUUUGCUUGCGUUCGCGGGCAAGUAUUUAUGCUGUGGCUUGUCUUGAAAUUGGGGGGCAAGGGGGUAAACCACAAAGCCCGUGUUUGUGUUUACGCUAGUUGUCUCUGGUGACUGAAGGCGUCUGUCUGCCUGUCAGCCCGCCAUCAGGGAUAAAUGAACUCUUCCGUGAGAAUGAAGUGCCUUUUUGUUUGUUUUUCUGAGCUCCUUUCUGCUGUAAACUCGUCGGUGUCGAAUGUCGUCGCUUCUGCUGUGCGUUUUCGGCGCGAGGCGCACGGCGGCGCUUCCGAGAAGUCUCGUUUAGCUCGCAAGGCGGUGGUGGCAGCUGGUCAGUGUUCUUAGGCUAUGAAAACAUUCUCAAGAGUUGUGUUUUAUUUUUUUGGCAGCAGGUUUUUGUUGGUGUGUGAGCGCGUGCGUGGGUGAGGGAAUGCUGCAUAUAUUGAUAUGAAAUGUGUCACACUUAUUGUUUUUGAAAGUAAGCUUUUUGUCAGCGUAGUAACUAUGACGACCGUUUUGAGUCCCCCCGCCCCCAUUUGUAAGCACUUUGACCUCAAUGGACUUUUGGAAAUGUUCACAUGUGGUGGGAAAAUGUGCUUGAAGAGAAAAUGAUGAAUAAAAUAAUACAGAAUGCAA